AUGUUCAGAAACUGUCUAAAAAAUUCCAAAAGAUUUAUUAGCAACAAGUCGUACCAAGUAACUACUUAUGCUAGACCUGAUGAUCUUUAUAUUACCAGAGGUGUAAAUGCUAAAUUAUUUGACGAUGUUAAUGGUAAGGAAUUCGUUGAUUUUACUGCAGGUAUUGCAGUUACAGCAUUAGGUCAUUCCAAUCCACAGGUUGCACAAGUUCUGUCCAAACAAGCUUCAACUUUAAUGCAUUCUUCUAAUCUUUACUACAAUACCGAAUGUUUAAAAUUGAGUGAAAAAAUUGUAGAAAAGACUAAAAACCUAGGUGGUCAAUACGAUGCUUCUAAAGUCUUCUUAUGUAACUCUGGUAGUGAGGCUAAUGAAGCUGCCCUAAAAUUUGCCAAAAAGUAUGGUAUUUCACAAAAUGCAUCCAAGCAGGAAAUUGUUGCAUUUGAGAAUUCAUUCCAUGGUCGUACUAUGGGGGCACUUUCUGCUACUGCAAAUCCCAAAUAUAGAACUCCCUUUGGAGAUUUAGUUCCAGGCAUUCAUUUCUUAAACCUCAAUGAUCAAUUGACUAAAUUACAAAAUUUCGUUAGUGCCAAAGGUGAUAAAUUAGCCGGGUUGAUUGUGGAACCCAUUCAAGGUGAAGGUGGUGUUUUCCCAGUACCUCUAGAAACUCUUGCAGGUCUUAAGGAAAUUUGUGAAGCUCAUAACGUCAUUGUUAUAUAUGAUGAAAUUCAAUGCGGGUUGUCACGUUCAGGUAAACUAUGGGCACAUGGUUAUUUACCAAAGGAAGCUCAUCCAGAUAUCUUUACUACUGCUAAAGCCCUAGGUAAUGGGUUCCCGAUUGCAGCUACCGUUGUUAACGAAAAAGUUAACAAUGCACUAGUUGUUGGUGAUCACGGUACUACAUAUGGUGGUAACCCAUUAGCAUGUGCUGUGGGUAACUACGUUCUUGAUGUUCUAUCUGAUCCAAAAUUCUUGGAACAAGUUAAUAAGAAGGGUGAAAAAUUACAAAAUGGUCUGAAGGAGUUGCAGAAGUCAUUCAGUGAUCAAAUUGUGGAUGUUAGAGGUAAAGGUUUGAUUGUUGGUUGUCAAUUUAAGGAAAAUCCUGGUCCUAUUGUCAGUAAGGCAAGAGAAUUAGGUCUAUUAAUCAUUACAGCCGGUAAAAACACAGUCAGAUUCGUUCCACCAUUGACCAUCGAGGACGAAACUUUACAACAAGGUCUUGACAUUUUUACUGAAGCCGUAAAAUCUGUUUAUAAAUCUUGA